UUACUCUACUGUACAUUCGCCAAUACCACGGCAAAUAGCUCUCUUCUUCACAUUUACUGUUGUUUUUUUGUUUUCGCGGCAAAAAAUAGGAACGAAUUUCGGUAAAUAUUCGUUCUGGCGGCCUCAAACUGGCGCACCGAGGACCCGCAAUUAGAUAAAAAACAAUUGCAAUCGACACACAACCAUCCAAACGAAUAAUGGGUAAACUAGGCAAAAAGAAGGUGGCCGAAGAAAUGAGCCGCAAAAAAUCUGAGGCCGAGGCCAAACAGAAGAACGGCGAUGGCGCCGUCGACUCUGAGGAUGGUAUCGACUCGAAGGACGGCAGCUCCGAUAAGAAUGAUGCCGCAUCCUUGCUCAGCGGCAGCUCCUCCCAAAAGCAACGCUCCAAUCAGCAAAAACGCAAGUCCUCGGUCAUGGUCGCCAGCGCCGAAGCCGCCGGGGGAGCCUCUGAUGCUGCCACCAAAGCCAAAUCCAAAGCGAAAUCCAAGUCCAAGUCUAUAGAAGGAGACUCCGAUGAUAGCGACGAUCUGCCGCUAAAUGGCAGAAAGAGUUCCAAUUCGAACGAGUCCACUGGCGGUGGUCCGCCGGCCAAGAAGCCGCGCAAACAAGCCAAACCCAAAUCGACAAAGUCAGGCACGGCCCCAUCGACAUCCACAGCUGCGGCAGCCAAAGGCAAAGCCAGCAACAAUAGCAAAAAGAAGGCAGCCGCCCAAAAAAUUGCCGCCAAUUCAGACAAUGACUACGAGGACGCAGUCGAUGAUGAGUCGCUGGCGAAUUCCGAUGAUGAUUCGGACUUCAAGAAGCACGAUCUUGAAGAGGAGUACGAGGUGGAGGCCAUCAUUGGCCACAAGAAGGUGCGCGGCGCCUCGUUUUUUCUGGUACGCUGGAAGGGCUACAGUUCCGACGCGGACACAUGGGAGCCGGAAAGUGAAUUAAAUUGCGAUGAUCUGAUCGCUGCAUUCCGCAAAAAGGCAACGUCAAGUCAUGGCGGACCGUUAAAGGGCAAGGGCAAAAGCAAUGACAAUGGCAAUGCCAAGGCAAAGUCCAAAAGAGUAGCAUCAUUAAAAUUCGAAGGAGCUGCUGCUGCUGGCAAAUCUGCUGGUGGCAAGAAGGCAGCACACGGCAAGCAAUCGUCCAGCAAGAAGUCCACCGAUGAUCCCGAAAAGGAAUGGGUCGUCGAGCGUAUCAUUGAUUUCGUUGACGAUGACGAGGCUGGCGGCCUGUAUCGUAUACGCUGGAAGGGUUUCGGCGCCAAAGACGACACAUGGGAGCCCGAAAUGAAUCUCUCCUGCGAGGGUCUGAUUGGGAAAUUCAAGCGGGGCCUCGUCUCGCAGCACAACGUUGAUGUCAAGGAGCUGCGAGAAUCGCCCAAGAAAACCAAGCGACUGGUGAACGAGUGCUAUCCACGCACCAAUAUAGCGAAUCGCAUCGAGCGCUCAUCCAAGCGGGCAGCUGCCAAGAAUCGUGUCUUUUAUGGGGAGGAGUGAGAUACGGCCUAGAGGGGGAAGACAACGACGACAAGCAGAAGAAAUUCCCCUGCAGUUCCCCAUCUACAUACACCCCAUACCGAUGGCGUAGAUACCGGGUUGAAUUUGCAUAGAACUACAAACAUUUUUCCUUUGAUGUGCGCGGGCGUACUUGAUGUCUUGGCAGGAAGAUCCAAGCCCAAGCAUACACCCCGAACAUAAUUCCCCAACCACCCCCAAAUCGAUGCACAGAUCCCACAGCAA